ACUACAUCUCCCAUGAUUCAUCUGUGAAAAAGGGGGCGUCAGUAAUGCGAUUGCGAUGGCCUGAGAAGAAUAUUGUCGCAGUAUUAUAUAUGCACUAUUUCACUGCUUCACGACAGAAUGGUCUUCAUUUUCUAACAUAAUGACAUACUUUGAAUAAGAGAACCUUGCAAUGGCGUGCCCUUUUCACCAGUCAGGUAAGCCAUUAAAAAAAACGAAUUCCAACGGUGAAACAUUUUAUCAUUGAACUGCUGCUUAGCCUACUCUCUAUAAACGUAUAUUCAAUGUCAACAGCAAACCAACUCGAUACAAUUUAACUCGGUAGAUAUAGCUUUACAUUAUUGUUUAAAAAAUAUAUAUAAAACACUUGUGACAUUGCGCUUUAUGUAGGUUGGCUAUAAGGUGAGAUUCAUAAUAUCGAUAAACGGCCCAAGCAACACAUUUAUAAAUAGUCUUCCUUAUGGCCCUGCCACACUACAGUCAUCGGGCGACUUCACCAUUCAUUUUCUGGAUUCAGGUUCACUCAAACAUCGUUUUAAGCGUUGUUUUACUAUUGACAGUUACAGCUGACUUAGGGAUUGUAUAUCUAUCUAUUCGCUCUCUUUAAAUGUCAUCUGAUGAAUUCGUUUGUCUCUGAAUUGUUUAAUCACAGUUUUCGCCGGGAGUUGGCAGGUAGCUUAGUGGUUAAAGAGCGUUGUGCCAGUAACCGAAAGGUUGCUGGUUCUAAUCCCCGAGCCGACUAGGUGAAAAACCUAACGAAAUCCUAUUGGCGCGUUCUAGCAUACAUUUCCUUAUUUCCAAUAGGGAACGUCUACUCUGUGAAGUGCGCUGUGCAAUAACUCAAUUCGCCCUUGCACUCCUUCUAAAGAAAGCAAUUUUUUGAAACUUUGGCAAAGGAUAAAGUCUACGAAACGUAGUUCACUCUGUUCAUAACAUUUCUAGUUUUGGAAACAGAAAAAUGUAUUGAGAUGAAAUGUUUAAUCGAUGAGAGAAUUUGCAGAAUUUCGGCAAAAAAUCCAUCUCACUCCAUCUUCUCCCACUGCCGGCCACUGGACUUCCUCUCAUCACGAUAUUUGGUAGUGAGUGGAAACGCCAACCAGAUGCUUCACAUUUUAAUCAUUUUAUUUAAACGUUUUAGUCAUUUAGCAGACGCUCUUAUCCAGAGCGACUUAGUGUUAAAUGCCUUGCUCAAGGUCACAGACAGAUUUUUCACCUACUCGGCUCUGGCUCUUAACCACUAGGCUACCUGCUGCAACCUACAUCCGGUGAAAUAUCUGGCUAAUUGUUCUAUCUGUGAGUAAACUAGCUGGUUAGCUGAAUUAUGCUAGUUUUUGUCUUUAUCGAGCUCACCAGUUUGUAAUCCUAAAACCCAGAAAUUAGUUAACUCUGGUUUGUUCAGCCAUUCCUUUGGGGAAAGAAUAGGGUUUUGGGAUAAACGCUGAAAAUAAUGUUUGAGGUUAACACAGGCUUAGGAGAUCUUAUACGUUUUGAUCUAUGAGAUAAUAUCAGUAUAACUGACUGAUAUUAUCUCAUAGAACAAAACAUAUACAUCUGAAGACGUUUAUGAAUUGAAGCCUUUUAUUUUUUAAAUUACAUAAAUGCUUAAAAAUUCUCAAAAAGUGACGUUAGCUGAUGAAGAUAAGAUCUACUAAGCCUGUGUUUACCACAGACCAUAUUUUCAGCGUUUAUCCAAAAACAUCCAUUCAUUUUCCCCAUAGGCUUUGUCCAACGAACCAUGGCGGAGUUAGUGCCUACAAAAAGACGCCAUUACAAUUUCUCUCUAUUGCCAAACUUCAUAAAUACUGCACCGUCAACUUCAAAACUCCUUUGCUAGUUAUACAACCAUGUAACUAAGAAAUUCACUGGAAAUAAACUUAAAUGAUUGAUUGGUUUGUUGAAUAGCCAUGACUGGUUCGAGCUAUCGGUCUACAACACGUUGGCGAAGGAUGUCAUUGCUACUUAACGCGGAUCCAAGUUCAGUUUUGAGAUCCACCGGCGUCAUUGGCAUAGGGUUAGAUGGACAUUUCUGACUGAUCCUGGAACUGUGACCCGCUCGGCUCGAUGGGAUAUGUAGUGAUUUUGCCAACACAGCCAGAAAUGUAGUCUUUUACCCUUAAUCUUUUUAAACUGACUAUCGUAUACAGUGAGGGGAAAAAAGUAUUUGAUCCCCUGCUGAUUUUGUAUGUUUGCCCACUGACAAAGACAUGAUCAGUCUAUAAUUUUAAUGGUAGGUUUAUUUGAACAGUGAGAAACAGAAUAACAACAAAAAAAUCCAGAAAAACGCGUGUCAAAAAUGUUAUAAAUUGAUUUGCAUUUUAAUGAGGGAAAUAAGUAUUUGACCCCUCUGCAAAACAUGACUUAGUACUUGGUGGCAAAACCCUUGAUGGCAAUCAGAGGUCAGACGUUUCUUGUAGUUGGCCACCAGGUUUGCACACAUCUCAGGAGGGAUUUUGUCCCACUCCUCUUUGCAGAUUUUCUCCAAGUCAUUAAGGUUUCGAGGCUGAUGUUUGGCAACUCGAACCUUCAGCUCCCUCCACAGAUUUUCUAUGGGAUUAAGGUCUGGAGACUGGCUAGGCCACUCCAGGACCUUAAUGUGCUUCUUCUUGAGCCACUCCUUUGUUACCUUGGCCGUGUGUUUUGGGUCAUUGUCAUGCUGGAAUACCCAUCCACGACCCAUUUUCAAUGCCCUGGCUGAGGGAAGGAGGUUCUCACCCAAGAUUUGACGGUACAUCGUCCCUUUGAUGCGGUGAAGUUGUCCUGUCCCCUUAGUAGAAAAACACCCCCAAAGCAUAAUGUUUCCACCUCCAUGUUUGACGGUGGGGAUGGUGUUCUUGGGGUCAUAGGCAGCAUUCCUCCUCCUCCAAACACGGCGAGUUGAGUUGAUGCCAAAGAGCUUCAUUUUGGUCUCAUCUGACCACAACACUUUCACCCAAUUCUCCUUUGAAUCAUUCAGAUGUUCAUUGGCAAACUUCAGAUGGGCCUGUAUAUGUGCUUUCUUGAGCAGGGGGACAUUGCGGGCGCUGCAGGAUUUCAGUCCUUCAAGGCAUAGUGUGUUACUAAUUGUUUUCUUGGUGACUAUGGUCCCAGCUGCCUUGAGAUCAUUGACAAGAUCCUCCCGUGUAGUUCUGGGCUGAUUCCUCACUGUUCUCAUGAUCAUUGCACUCCACGAGGUGAGAUCUUGCAUGGAGCCCCAGGCCGAGGGAGAUUGACAGGUCUUUUGUGUUUCUUCCAUUUGCGAAUAAUCGCGCCAAUUGUUGUCACCUUCUCACCAAGCUGCUUGGCGAUGGUCUUGUAGCCCAUUCCAGCCUUGUGUAGGUCUACAAUCUUGUCCCUGACAUCCUUGGAGAGCUCUUUGGUCUUGGCCAUGGUGGAGAGUUUGGAAUCUGAUUGAUUGAUUGCUUCUGUGGACAGGUGUCUUUUAUACAGGUAACAAGCUGAGAUUAGGAGCACUCCCUUUAAGAGUGUGCUCCUAAUCUCAGCUCGUUACCUGUAUAAAAGACAACUGGGAGCCAGAAAUCUUUCUGAUUGAGAGGGGGUCAAAUACUUAUUUCCCUCAUUAAAAUGCAAAUCAAUUUAUAACAUUUUUGACAUGCGUUUUUCUGGAUUUUUCUGUUGUUAUUCUGUCUCUCACUGUUCAAAUAAACCUAGCAUUAAAAUUAUAGACUGAUCAUGUCUUUGUCAGUGGGCAAACGUACAAAAUCAGCAGGGGAUCAAAUACUUUUUUCCCUCACUGUAUGUUGAGUAAAUCUGACUUUAUUAGUAUAAUGAACAAAAAUAAACGCAACAUGCAACAAUUUCAAAGAUUUUACUGAGUUAAAGUUCAUAUAAGGAAAUUAGUUAAUUUAAAUACAUUCAUUAGGCCCUAAUCUAUGGAUUUCACAUGACUGGGAAUACAGACAUGCAUCUGUUGGUCACAGAUACCUUUUAAAAAAGGUAGAGGCGUGGAUCAGAAAACCAGUCGCUAUCUGGUAUGACCACCAUUUGCCUCAUGCAACGUGACAUUUCUCUUGCUGGAUAAUGGCGGGAACUGGAACUCGCUGUCGUAUACGUCGAUCCAGAGCAUCCCAAACCUACUCAAUGGGUGACAUGUCUGGUUAGUAUGCAGGCCAUGGAAGAGCUGGGACAUUUUCAGAUUCCAGGAAUUGUGUACAGAACCUUGCAAGAUGGGGCAGUGCAUUGUCAUGCUGAAACAUGAGGUGAUGGCGGCGGGUGAAUGGCAUGACAAUGGGCCUCAGGAUCUCGUCACGGUAUCUCUGUGCAUUCAAAUUGCCAACGAUAAAAUGCAAUUGUGUUCAUUGUCCGUAGCUUAUGCCUGCCCAUACCAUAACCCCACCGCCACCAUGGGGCACUCUGUUCACAACGUUGACAUCAGCAAACCGCUCGCGCACACGACGCCAUACACGCUAUCUGCCCAGUACAGUUGAAACCUGGAUUCAUCUGUGAAGAGCACACUUCUCCAGCGUGCCAGUGGCCAUCGAAGGUGAGCAUUCGCCCACUGAAGUUGGUUACAACGGCAAACUGCAGUCAGGGCAAGACCCAGGUGAGGACGACGAGCACGCAGAUGAGCUUCCCUGAGAUGGUUUCUGACAGUUUGUGCAGAAAUUCUUCGGUUGUGCAAACACAGUUUAAUCAGCUGUCCGGGUGGCUGGUCUCCGACGAUCCCGCAGGUGAAGAAGCCGGAUGUGGAGGUCCUGGGCUGGUGUGGUUACACGUGGUCUGCGAUUGUGAGGCUGGUUAGACGUACUGCCAAAUUCUCUAAAGCUGCUUAUGGUAGAGCAAUGAACAUUAAAUUCCCUGGCAACAGCUCUGAUGGACAUUCCUGCAGUCAGCAUUCCAAUUGCAAGCUCCCUCAAUACUUGAGACUCUGUGGCAUUGUGUUGUGUGACAAAACUGUAAUGAUCAUGAUGUUUAAUCAGCUUCUUGAUAUGCCACACCUGUCAGGUGGAUGGAUUAUCUUGGCAAAGGAGAAAUGCUCACUAACAGGGAUGUAAACAAAGUUGUGCACAAAAUUUGAGAGAAAUAAGAAAACAUUGAAACAUGGGACCAACAUUUUACAUAUUGUGUUUUAUAUUUUUGUUCAGUAUAUAAUGAGUAAUCCAGGAAUGUCACAAGUUAAUUGACACGAUAAAAUAGCAACUCUACAGAGCGCAACGACUACAAUGAACGGCUAAAUUACUUCUGGACACGAAGGGUACAAGGAGCUCCUCCUCCUCACCACCACUCUAUCAAAGAUUUUUAUAAAUAAACCAAGAUAGACCACAGCCUGUCAUUUCCAAUGGGAACAGAACUGAGCAAGGAGGUGGGCAGAGCCAAGCACGAGCUAGAUCCUCAAUUUGCCUUUGCGCUCAUUAUAAACAACAGGAUUUUAUUAAACUUUUGCAAAGGGUAAAGUCUACAAAACGUAGUCCACUCUGUUCAUAACAUUCUAGUUUUGGGAACAGAACUGUAUUGAGAUCAAAUGUUUAAUCGACAAGAAUAUUAGCAGAAUUUAGGCCAAAAUCCAUCUUCUCCCACUGCCGGCCAGUGGGCUUCCUCUCACUACCAUAUUUGGUAGUGAGUGGAAACGUCAAGCGGAUGCUUCACAUUUAUACAUCCGGUGAAAGAACAAUGAGACAGAUCUAUCUGUGACUAUUGAGGGAAUGCUCAAGACUAGCCAAGGUUCAAUUCUCGAUGGCUGGCGCGCACGUACAUUCUAUCUUGUGAAUUGAAAUACAUUUUACUAAGAUUUAUGAUGUCAAGAAGCUACAAUGUUCACAAUGUAAACAAAAGCAACUUGUGUAAUUAGAGGAUCAUUUAGUACAACCACUAGCAACAAUUGAUAGUAAAGCAACGCAACCUGUAUAGUGGAGCUGAAGCUGCGAGCGACUACGAGUUUUUGUUUUGUGUAUUCAUAGGCUACGUCGAAAUCGGAUACGCGCCGUGGUUGUCCGGGUAGGCCUACAUAAAUUACUCAUAGUGUCCUCAUAUGAACCCCUUGUUUUCCCCCAUAGCUGAGCUGAACCCCGCGCUGCUGCCGUUGGACUGGCUUCUCGGGGUCUGGGAGUCCGACGAGCCAGGAGAGGGCUCCUUUUCCUCCAUACCACCUUUCCGCUACACCGAGACUCUGCACUUCUCCCAUGUGGGCCAACCAAUCAUCAACUUCAUGUGAGUUUGACUGCCACUGACAGCUGAAUAGGGUACAGCAGGCCUAACAAAAAUCCCUCUACACAAGGAGAGCCUGUCAAGGUUGCGCUUAGCCUACUAUGACAUUAUUAUUGUCUUUGCCCUUAUGAAAAGUAUUUGUUGCUUUCUUGAUUGAUCACAGUGCAUGAGUGCAAUACUGCAUGGAUGGACCUAGCCUGGAGACCCGACGUUGAAUUGUCCUUUCAGUUGGUAGAGUAUGGCGCUUGUAACAACCAUACAUACGUCAAAUGUAUGCAUACAUGACUAAGUUGCUUUGGAUAAAAGCGUCUGCUAAAUGACAUUUUAUUAAUAGUAUUGGAUUCAACAUCGGGCAUAAAUGAGCGUUUGGAUCAGGACAGUUUCCUAUCACGACCUCUACAAGCCAGAAUGUUGAAUAAAAUUAUAUUUUGACUUACUUUACCGGUUGUCUGUGUGGUUGGUCCUUUCGCAGGUAAGAAUGUGAGACAAUAUAUCCACAGGAAAGUAUAAUUACAUCAACUUUUCAGCAAACAAUAUGAUUCUGAGAUAAUUGGCUUUACAUUUCCGAACCCUCAUUGAUUUGAAUGGUGUCAGCAAUUUUUAUAUUGUAUUCUUUUUAAUUUAACAACAUGAAUUUGGGUAUUUAGAGUACUAUAUAGGUAGAGAACAUUGAACAAGGCUGUGUCAAUAACUACAUGGACAGAAAUGCAGGUAGAACCUUUAUAGUCCCAAGCUCUCAACACUGUCCAAGGAAAUGCUUACUUUCAGGUUCCUUCUUAACAAUGCAACCACAAUAAUAAAUAAUAAAAGAUGAGAAUACAAACAUAAAUUAAAUGGCUCAGUAGAAUAAACAUUUUAGCAUCAGUAUAAUACAGGAAGGCACAAUUUAUAGUCCAAUAUUUACACGUGUUUUGGGGAAGGGGGGAUUGGGGGGCAAGUGUUUUACAUUUUUUGUGUGUGAAUGUCUGUGUGGGUGGGUGUGUGAGUGAGUGCAUAUGUGCAGAGAAUCAGAGCAGGUGGUCAGUCCAGUUAAAUUGUUCAGCAGUCCGAUUGGGGGGCAAGUGUUUAAAUUGUGCAGUAUUAGCAAUAGUAAAUAAGAGUCUGGUAGCAGCAGUUUGUGUGAGUGCAUAUGUGCUAAGGUGCGGAGAGUCAGUGCAGGUGGUCAGUCCAGUUCAAGUGUCAAGCAGUUUGAUGGCUUGUAGAUAGAAACUGUCUCUGAGCCUGUUGGUAUCAGACCUCAUGCUCUGAUACCAUCCGCCCGACGGUAAGGGAGAGAACAGCUCGUGGCUGGAGUGUGUGGAGUCCUUGAUGAUGCUGCGGGACUUCCUCAGGCACCGUUUCUAGUAGAUGUCCUGGAUGGGUGGGAACACGGCCCCAGUGAUGUCCUGGAUGGGUGGGAACACGGCCCCAGUGAUGUCCUGGAUGGGUGGGAACACGGCCCCAGUGAUGUCCUGGAUGGGUGGGAACACGGCCCCAGUGAUGUCCUGGAUGGGUGGGAACACGGCCCCAGUGAUGUACUGGGCCGUCUUCACCACCAGCUGGAGGGCCUUGUGGUUGUGGACCGCUUUUGUAGAGGCGCUUUUGCGCUCUCGACUGGUGGUGUUAUUGGUCCAUGUCAAGUCCUCAGUGAUGUGGAUGCCAAGGAAACUGCUGACUGUUGAUGUGGAUCAGGGCGCGUUCCCUCUGCUUUCUGAAGUCAACAGUUAACUCCUUUGUUCUGUUGAGGGAGAGGUUGUUGUCCUGGCACCUCAAUGCCAGUUCACUUACCUCCUCCCUAUAGGCUGACUCGUUGCUGUUGGUUAUCAGGCCUACAACCGUGGUGUCAUCAGCAAACUUGAUGAUGGAGUUGGUGUCGUGCAAAGCCACACAGUCGUGGGUUAACAGGGAGUACUGCAGAGGGCUGAGGACACACCUGUAUUAAGAGUAGUGUGGUGGUGGUGUUGUCAAUCCUCAGAGCCUGUGGUUUGCCCGUCAGGUAGUCCAGGAUCCAGUUGCAGAGGGUGUUGUCCAGGACUCUGAGCUUGGUGUGGAGCUCAGAGAGAACAAUAGUGUUGAAUGCUGAACUGUAGCAAAUGGGGCGAUAGUUGUUUGGGCAUGUCACCUUAGUCUUCUUGGGCAGAAGCAAGUGGAGACUACAGCCUGGGACAGGUUGAAGACGUCCAGAAGACGCCCGCCAACUGGUCAGUGCACACUGAGGACGCUGCCAGGGGACCAUCUGGGCCGGCUGCUUUGUGUUUUCCUCACAUCAGCCUUGGAGAGCAAAAGAGCUUGGUCUUCCGGUGCAGCGUGAGUCUUCCUGGAUGACUCGUUAUUGUCUGUCUCGAAGCGAGCAUAGAAUGUGUUAUGCUCGUCUGGGAGGGAGGCUUCGGUGGGCACUGUAGAUAGCCUGUAGUCCUUGCCACCUGCGUCACGGGUCUGAGUUGUUGAACAUCGAUUCAGGUUUGAGUUUGUCUUUUUGCGUCCCUAAUGGAUUUGCGGAGCUCUUACCUGCUUGCCUUGUACGCGUCGAGCUCCUUCGAGUCGUCAGUGUUCAUUGUGCUGACAUUGAAUGCUGCAGUACGGGCUCUCAGCAUGGUGCGUAUUUCGCUGUUCAUCCAGGGUUUUUGGAUUGUUAUUGUGGGUACAACAUCAACACUUUUCCUAAUGAAGCCUGUGACUAAAUGUAUAUUCCUCAAUGUUGAUGGAUGAGUCCUGGGUGAGUUAAACUUUGAACAUAUUCCAAUCAGUAAUCCCAAAACAGACCUGCAGCAUUGAGUCAGCGCCUCACUAUUCUCUGUGUUGGUGUCUCCCUCUUGAGUUGCUGCUUGUAGGCGGGGAGUAAGAACAGAGAUGUGAUCUAAGUGCCCAAAGUGAGGGGGUGGUGGAUGGCUUUGUUUGUGUACACAUGUUCCAGCACGUUGUUUCCUCUCAUGGGUUAGGAUACAUGUUGGUAAUACUUUAGAAGAAUUUGUUUGGUUAAAAUCUCCCGUGACAAUAAAGACUGCUUCCUGGUGAGAGGAUUCUUGCUGGCUAAUGUUCUUGUACCGUUCGUUGAGUGCCGCCUUGAUGUUUGCUUGCGCAGAACCAUGUAAACACGUGCACGAGCUUGGCAAGUAUGUAUGUGUCUCGUGCAUGUAUUUAUCUUGUGCGCAUGCUUCAGGUGAUAGAAACCUGAACGCACUUCCAGCACUUUGAAAAGUUGAUGUAAUAUACUUUCCUGUGGAUAUAUUUUCUCACAUUCCUACCUGCAAAAAGACCAACCACACGGACAACCGGUAAAGUAAGUUAAAAUAUCAUUUUAUUCAACAUUCUGGCUUGUAGAGGUCAUGAGAGGAAACUGUCCUGACCCAAACGCUAAUUUAUGCCCCGUCGUAAAAUUCUAUGAAAUUCGACGUUGGGUUUCCAGGCUAGGAUGGAUGUACAGUAUAUUAAUAAUAAUAAUAAUAAUAAUAUCUGUGUACAUUUCCCAUGUUCUGCAGGUUUAAUGCCUUCCAUGCUGAGAAUAAGAAACCUAUGCACAGGGAAUGUGGCUUCAUCAGAAUGCAACCAGGCGGCAACAGAGUAGCCUUCAUUAUAGCACAGAACUCAGGUACGGGACUGUUCAAUGCUUAGACCUAAUCUAUACUUAUCCCGCAGCUAAUUUAGAGGGUUGCCCAAGUGGGACUUGAACCUGCGACCUUUAAUCUGUCAAUUCAACAACUAAGCUAUUAAACCAGGAGGUCUGAACCUCUAAUCUCGGAUAACCCAGAUCUAAAGUCUCACAUAAUUAGUCAGCUGCUCGAUUUAAGGUCUGGUUCCAUACGUGUUAAGAGAAGAGAUGCUAGAACAAGGAGCAGAACCAGAACAAGGGGCUCCACCCUCUCUUUCCAAGUUACGGACCAAAUGUCCCCUCCCGAAUUUUGAAAGAUGCUAACACCUGCAAAAAUCGUGAUAUGUCCAAAUAACCAGUGACAAAAAAAACAACAGAACUACUGCUGCUCGUUGUCCCAUUUAGUUCCAGACAGAUUCUACAGUACCAGUUAUGUUGUCUUCUCUACAGGCCUGGUGGAGAUAGAGGAGGGUGAUCUGACUGGACAGUGUUUAACUCUACACACCCAUGCCCUGGCCAGAACCUCCUUCGCUAAAGAACCCCAUGUACAGCAGGUGAGACCGGCGCUUUCCAGUCUGAUGUCCAUAGACUCUUUUCGAUCCAACAAGAUCGACCUAUGACCCUAAUAGAUAUUCAAUGCCUGGUCCAAAAACAACUGUUACGGCUUUGAUAUUUCCUGAUCUGUAGGGACUGGAUAGCUUCCGGGGAGCUUAGGGAAGCUACCUUGUGCCAAAUUGCUUACAAUGUUCUGGUUCUUUUGGAUCUUGACAUUUGUUACAUCAUGGUUGACAUACAGUUCCAAUAGUGUUACAGAAUUUAACAAGCACCCUUCCAAUUGGUUACUCUCUGGUGCCAAGUGCACUACUCUGGUUAAACUACAGUAAUUAGGAUAUUAUGUAUGCCUAUUUUCCCCCUCAGAUUUCCAGAGUGUUCCAGCUGAGACCAGAGGGGAAGCUUGAGCAGACGGUCUCCAUGGCGAUGGAGGGUGGGCCACUGAUGCAGCAUUUGCACAUCACCUACCGCCGCUCCUCUUGACCACCGGGAGGUGACGGGGAGUGAUAACAUGCACUAGAUUUAGUUAGACUGUCUUGCUCCUUGUUGCUGAUCUAGGUUAGUGUUGUGUUUUCUCCCCUUGGGGUUUGGGGAGGAUAAACCGAUUUCUAGAUGUGGUAAUUGUACCAAAAGAGAGCUGCUUAUGUAACGUGCAUAGUGGAACAGGUGAUUUGUUGUUCAAAUAAGUGUGUUCAGCCUUUAAUUUAAUGCAACCAUAAUAAAGAUGUCCUUCCCAUAGAGGCUGUAUUGAACCCAAUGGAUCAGUUGAAUAAAAACAAAUGU